UGUGAUUCUUGUAAUCAAGGAAAAAAUGUUCUAAACUGACUAAUUAAAUAAAAAUUUCAAAAAAACCACCCCAACACUGCUUAAUUACUGACCAAAAAAAGUUUAGAGAGCUCAGAUUCGAUGAAAGUUUAGAAGCUGGAUUGUAAGGGACUGAAGAGUAAGUGGGUGCUGCUGAGGAGGUGGAGCUGUUGAAUUAGGGAAAGGAAGAAGAGCCUGAAGGUUUGGCAGGGCCAAGGGAAUGGUUUUUUCCAGGAAUGGGGGGAGAAGAAAGAGUAGAGAUAAGAGAGAAAGAAAGAGGGAAGAGAGCUUUCAGAGGAAACGAGAGGGGACAGGACCAGGUUGCCAAGGAGAUAGCUUAGCUCUGAUGAAAAGAAGGGUUCAGGUCUCCUUUGAAACUGGAACAAAGGGGGAGAUGACUAAAAGCAUGGAAGGACUUGGAAGGUGUGAAGGGAGGGGAAGGAGCUCAGCUCUGAGGGCCUCUAUUUCUCAGUAAAACAAGAGGUGAGGCCAUCUGAGAAAGGAGAAAAGGGUUGGCUGGGCUGGUGUUGGGAGUUCAGGAGAGAAGUUUAGAAUAGUGGUGGGGGUGGUAGCUUUUUAUGGAUUGCUAUGCAGGAAUGGGGGCUCCAUUGAAUGUAGGUAAUAGGAAUUUGUAGUGUGCCCGGUCAAAAUGUUUUCGUGACUUCCUCUGUCAGGCCCAGCAACUCUGAAAUGGGGACAGGUCAUGGGCUUGAGGGGCAGUGACCCUGGGCUGAAGCUUGUGAAAUGCGACUGAUUGGCAGGGAAUGAACCAUAGAAGGAUAAGGGCCCAAAGGAUUCGGAAGGGUAGAUAAAGUAGGCUAACUUGCAGUUUGUUUUUCCUUCUAUGCUAUUUUCUUUUUAGUUCCAAUUUCUCUCCCUCCCCCCAUUACACAUGUGAAGUUAUGUGAAACCAGCUCCCACUUUCUCCAUGUUCUGCACUCUGUGUGCGUCCUGCAGCCCUCCAGCAUUUUUCAUCGUGAGCCCUUUGCAACUGUGGUGGGUUGUUGUGCUGGUCGAUUCCUAAGCCUUUCACAGUUGGUAUCUUGACAGUUUUUUUGGUAUUGUAUGACUUGAUCUCCUGGUCCCACUCGCUUCACUUUGCAUCAGUUCAUACAAGCCUUAGCAGGUAUUUCUGAACCCAUCGACUUUUCUAAAACAAAUUAAGCCCCUCACCUUCUACCUUAGAGUCACUGCUGUGUAUUGGUUCCAAGGCAGGGGCCUAGAAACUAGGGUUAGCCAAUGGGGGUGAAGGGACCUGCCCAGGGUCACCCAGCUGGGAAGUGUCUGAGGCCAGAUUGGAACCCAGGAUCUCCCUUCUCUAGGCCUGGCUCUCCAUCCACUGAGCUACCAGCUGCAUGGCCCAUUGCCUUUUUACAGCAUGAUAGUAUUCCAUUAUGCUCACAGAGCAGAACUUGCUAAACUGUCCCCCAGUUUAUUGGCAUCCUCUCACUUUCCAGUUCUUUGGCACCAUACAGAGCUGCUCUGAAGCUUUUUGUACACCCUUCUUAGGUCUCUUUGGGGUCUAGGGGAGUACUGUUGCUGGCCCAGUGUGUGGGCUCGAGUAUGGACCGAGUUCCAAGUUGUCCUCCACAAUGGUUCUGUGAAUUUGGUCCUGUUUCCUCCCGCACUCCUCGAGCAUUUGGCAUUUUCCUUUUGUGUUCCCUCAGCCAGUGCCAAGGCUGUGAGGGGAUACUGCAGAGCUGUUUUCAUUUGUGUUCCUUUAAUCAUACAAGAUCUAGAGCAUUUUUCACGUAACUACAGGAAAGUACCUUGUGGGACUUGUUCAUGGUAGGGAUUUGUGGAGGCUGGAAGGAGGUGUGGUGACCUGGGAGGAAAUGAGAGGCUUCUUGUCCACCAUCUUUUCCCCUCUGCAGUCUUGAAGCACAGGCCUAGCUGUGUCGCUCCCCCCAGCAAGUCUCAGUGGCUCCCUGUUGCCUCUAGGACAGAAGACUGCACUUCUCCUCAUCUGGCUGCAGCCUACCUUUGGGCUCUUCUUCUAUGUCACUACCUAACCUGCCCACAGGCAGCUGGUGCCUUCCUGCUGUUCCUCGAGCUUCUUUUUGCAGCACCUGAAGAUCUUGUUCUGUCCCCCUCACUUCUGCUUCUGAGGAUCUUGAGGCUGGGAGCCUUUCCUGAUCUCCUAGCCGUUAGCCCUCUUGAGUGUCUUCAGCCAAAAGCUUGCUCUGGGAGGGCUGAGCCUGCUUUGGGUUUCUUCUUGCCAUGUCCAGCUCCUGGCACAGAGCUUUACGGCCAGUGGACACUUCCUAACUGCCGUUUGAAUGCACCGAGUCGAUGGUUGAGGGAUCAGAAGAAGGCAGAGGGCCAAAGAGUAGCUUCGAGAAAAGGAAAGCAGGGACUCCCACGCACCACUGGACUGUCGGAAUCAUUUGCUGUUGGAACCUGCCAAUCCAGAUGUUUCUGCGCCUUGAUGAGUCUCCCCUUGGGACUAGGGGGACGUCAGGGACUUUCCAGGAAAGUUCUCGGUCCCUGGGCAUCCCUGACAGUUGGCCUGGACUUAGCCCUUCCUCCUAUCACCGUUUCCCACAUCAGUGCUCAUCAGGCCCCAGAAGGGAGUUUUAUCUGUGACCUUUUUUCACCUCUACGUGGUGGUGUUCACAUCGUACUGGCCGCUGACUGUGCUCACAAUUAUUUGGAUGAUUUUUGACUGGAAGACCCCGCAGCGAGGUGGUCGACGGUCACAAUGGAUAAGGAGUUGGCGCCUAUGGAAGGAAUACCGAGACUAUUUUCCACUCAAGCUGGUGAAGACUCAUGAAUUAUCCCCCAAGCACAAUUACAUCAUCGCUUCUCACCCCCACGGGAUCCUGGCCCACAGCAGUUUUUGCCACUUUGCCACUGAGGCCUCCGACUUCUCCAAGGUCUUUCCCGGCAUCACCCCGUACACACUCACAUUGGGAGCUUUCUUUUGGGUGCCCAUCCUUAGGGAGUAUGUGAUGUCCAGUGGAGCGUGCUCUGUGAGCAAAGCCUCCAUGGAUUACCUGCUGACUGGCGAAGGUCGAGGCAAUGCUGUUGUGGUGGUGGUGGGUGGCCUGGCCGAAUGCCGUUAUGGCAGGCCGGGCUUCUCCAAGCUUGUCCUGAAGAGACGUGUGGGCUUUGUACGCAUGGCCCUCCAGCACGGGGUGGCCUUGGUCCCCUCGUAUUCCUUUGGAGAAAAUGAACUCUACGAUCAGUACAUCUUCCCUCGGGGAGGCUGGGUCCGCCACUUCCAGGUGGGGUUCCAGAGGUUGGUGCACGUCUACCCCUGUGCCUUCUAUGGCCGUGGCUUCACCGAGAACUCCUGGGGUCUCCUGCCUUACCGUCGGCCCGUCACCACCAUCGUUGGGGAGCCCCUGCCGAUCCCCAAGAUUGAGAACCCGAGCCAGGAGACAGUGAACAAAUACCACGCUCUGUACAUCAAGGCCCUGCGGAAGCUGUUUGAUGAACACAAGACCCAGUACGGGAUCUCAGAGACCCAGGAGCUGGAGAUCAUCUGAAAGCUGCCCAGCAGCCAGCUCCCCGUUUCAGAAAUGGGAGAGGACGUGCAUGGAGGGCAGCUGUGGGCAGAGCUGCGGGGCACUGAGACUCAGGUCCGGGCAGGCAGGGGCAGGCCACGGCAGCUCAGGACCUCCCACUGUUUUCUCUUCUUCAUGCCCAGACCUCUGAGCCUGCAGCCUUGGUCUGGCCUGGGGCCAGGCUAGGCAGGGGCUGACAGGGAACUCAGGGCCUCUUGCAUGGGGAUGGCAAAUAAAAAGACCCACUGAAAUGCA